GGAAUCUUUAAAAUAUACGCUAUUCCGGUCAAUCGGACGUAAGAACUUUAAUUAUACGUCUUCUUUACGUUUCACGUUGUAGUCAACACUACAGAGUGUUGACUACCGCACAGAGGCUUAUCGAGAAAGCUGACUCGAUACAUUUCGUGCCAAACACUCCAAGAAAGAAAAUUGGAAAUUAGGCUGUAUGGACGUUGUUCCUUUUGCCUUCCUUAAUUAGAGAGAACGUUAAAAAAAAAGAAAGAUUUCCUAACUAAAAUGGCGGGAGAAGUCAAAUCUUGAAGCGUUCCAAGUUGCUUUUUAUUUCUAGGAAAAACUAUGUGUACCAAUCUUUCUAGCUUCACCGAUGUGCUUGGAGACGAAAUACCCGAUUCACAACCUAUAUCAUUUGGAUCUAGUGUCGAAACACAAUCGCGAUUUGACAUCGAAGAAAAUGCAAGAUAUACUAGACCUGUUAAGGGAACAGGACAAGUUGGAAACUUUCGAAGUAUAGAAGAAAUUGAUCCCAAAUAUAGACAUGUCUUUACAUAUCAAUACUUCAACUUGGUGCAGUCUGGUGUGAUAGAUGAUGCCUUAUACACAGAUAAAUCAAUGGUUGUUUGCGCACCCACAGGAUCAGGCAAAACAGUAGUUUUCGAAAUGGCGAUAGUUCAACUAUUGAUGGACAUUGAAAAUAAAAAUGACAGGGAUAAUUUUAAAAUAAUUUAUAUGGCCCCAGUAAAAGCACUUUGCACAGAACGACUUACCGAGUGGUAUUCGAAGUUUAACAAGAUAGGGCUACUGUGCAUCGAGGUCACUGGCGACACUGAUAUAGAAUUUGGACAGUUGCAGCCCUAUAAGAUUAUAAUAACCACUCCUGAAAAAUGGGACAUACUCACAAGAAGAUGGAGGGACCACAGAGGUUUAGUUGAGAUGGUGAAACUCUUCCUUAUAGACGAGGUGCAUAUCCUGAACGAUAAUAUUCGAGGGCCAGUCCUUGAAGCUGUCGUCAGUAGAAUGAAGACUAUAGAGUCUGCAGCACAAUCAGCGCAUCGCAUCGAAAAGCUUCAAGAGCAAUACCAAAUGAACACUGACAGUAUGACCGUAUCAACCGUAAAGACUUCUCCUCCAAGGAUUCGGUUCGUGGCUGUAUCGGCUACUGUGAGCAACCCUGAAGACGUAUCGGCUUGGUUAGGAUCCGAAGACAAGCCUGCCGUGUUCUAUAAGUUCGGAGACGAAUGUCGACCCGUGAAGAUUCAUCGAGUAGUGGAAGGUUACCCUUGCCCCGACGGCACUAGUAUCUUCAAAUUCGACAUCAUACUUAACUACAAACUAUGGCCUAUUAUUCAGAAGUACCACAACGGGAAGCCCACUUUGAUAUUCUGCAAUACCAGGAAGAGUGUCCUACUGACAGCCGAGACCCUGUCUCGCGAGAUCACGAUUACUUUCAACCCCGAGCAGAAAGCCAAACUAACAGCACUAGCGUCCACAAUUAAGAACAAGAAAUUACAGACAUUAGUUUUAGCAGGUGUGGGUUGCCACCACGCCGGUUUGUUAUACGAGGAGAGAUUCAACAUCGAACAAGCUUUCAGGAACAGGAACUUGCCAAUACUCAUCACAACCACUACUCUAGCCAUGGGUGUUAACUUACCAGCUCAUCUCGUCAUCGUGAAAAAUACUCAACAGUACGUAAAUGGGGCAUACCAGGAAUACAGUAUAAGUACGGUGCUGCAAAUGUUGGGACGCGCUGGGAGGCCGCAGUUCGACACCGAUGCCACUGCUGUUAUCAUGACCAGGCAACGAGAUAAGGCUCGUUACCAAGCCCUCGUCGAAGGCACCGAACCCCUCCAAAGCUACCUACAUAUGCGUCUAGCAGAAAACUUGAACAGCGAAGCGGCACUCGGUACUGUGGGAGAUGUGGCACAAUGCGUACAGUGGCUGCGCUCCACGUUCCUCUACGUUAGAGCAGCCAAAGAUCCGAAAAGAUACCUCGGGCUCACGCCAGCAGCGCCGUGCUACCAAAUAUCUAAGAAAAUUGAAGAGAUGUGCGUAAGAGCAAUGAAUAGCUUAGCUAGUGCGGGCUUGAUUACUAUGGACGAAGCUAGUUGCAUAGCUUCAACAGAAGCUGGGCGACUUAUGUCCAUCUUCUAUUUAGACUUAGAGACGAUGAAGUUAAUAAUGAAGCUCCAAGGCGACGAAACACUGGAACAGCUACUUUCCGUUAUAUGCGAGAGUCACGAACUAGCCGACAUGCAUUUGCGCGUCGACGAGCGUAGAUGUCUCAACGCGCUCAACAGAAACAACAAAGCGGCCACCAUACGAUUCCCCAUGAAGGGAAAGAUUAGCUCCAGGCAGAUGAAACUUAGCUGUAUCAUUCAAGCUGUACUCGGCUGCCUACCCAUUCUUGACCCAUCCUUGAACCAAGAAGCAAUGAAAAUUAUGAGAGUCGCAGUAAGAAUUUGCAAAUGUCUGGUGGCAUAUGUAACGCGCCCAGAAGUGACGUCUGAACAAAGAGAAUUCUUUAAUGCUUUACUUAACUCACUAGUUCUCGCUAAAUGUGUCGAAGCCCAUUUAUGGGAAAACUCGCAUUUCAUCAGCAAACAGCUGAAAGGUAUCGGUCCAACAUUUAGCACGCUCUUGGCAUCGGCCGGAAAAGUUACUUUCCUUCUGUUGGAAGAAAGCCACCCAAGGGAUUUGGAAAGAAUUAUGAAUAAAGGUCCACCAGCAGGCAACAUUAUAAGAAAACAAAUAAGUCUUCUACCAAAAUACCAACUAGAAACUACGCCUAUUGAUGAGAAGACAGUAUCGAUUCAACUCCGAUUGUUAAAUCAGGCUUAUCUUUCUGAAAACAUUGAGGACCUCACAGCAGGAAACGCUCACAAAUGCUACGUAAUCGCUGGCGAUUCUAAAAAUAAUAUUAUGCUCUUUAAAACAUUCAAGGACACAGAUUUGAUCAGUGUCUAUAAUGGGAUAAUGACAUUUGAAAUAACAAGAAACCAUACUUUUGAGCAUAAACUUUAUGUCCACUGCAUCAGUGCUACAUUUGUUGGUAUUGACGCACGUUGUGAAUAUACCUUUAUGAAACAAAUGCCAACGACUUCGGAUAUUUCCUCGUUUUAUUUCCAGAAUAAUAAGACAGAAAAGAACCUCAUAAAUACCAAUAAAAUCGAAACAAAUGAAAGAAAACGCAAGAACGAUGAUAAUAUAAUGAAAUCUAAAGAAAAAAAGAAACGUGAAAAUGAAUUCGCUGAAAAGUGCAGGUUACUUAAAAAGUCUUUUGAUAAUACAUCAAACAAAAUUAAAAAUGAUUUACGCGAAACCGAAAAGAAAACCAAGAAUACUUUGAAAGGUCUUGUUGAUACAUUUAAACCUGAUUUGUGCAACAAAUCUGAGGCCGGUCUUGAUUCUAACAAAGAUUAUUUUAACGAGCUUGCAUCUCUGGACAACAACUUAAAUAUUGACGACUUUGAAGAUCCCAUGGACAGCCAAAAAAUUAACAGCUUACUGAACGAUAUUGAAUCUGAAAUAAUAGGUAAUAAUCAAGUUUCUUAUAAGGGAUUUAACGAGGUUAAGACAGUUGAAAAUAAAAAACAAACUAGAAGAAACGAGUACAAAUACAAAGAAUCGAAACAGCCCUAUUACAAAUUCAUAGAGUUACUUGAAAGAAAUGUGGAAAUGAGCGAAGACGAAGAACCGCCUGAAAAGCAAAAUGGUUUUUCAGAAACAAUUAAAGAUCAACUUGAUAAAUAUUUACAAAUUUCUCGUAAUGUAGCUAUAUCUUCUGAUCCUAUAGUAUCACGUCUUUGCAAUGAUGAACAAGAUUUGGUAAAGACCCAAUGUAAUAGCGUAAAUGUCAAUACAGAGGUGUUUACAAACGAUGAUGACCCUACGAACAAUAUGGGAAUAACAAUUACUGAUAAAUGUCUUAAACAUUAUAUGAUGGUAAAUACAAUGCAGGUCGAAUCAAAGGACGACCAAACAAGCAGAAGCAAUAGAAACACAUCUUCAGCAAUAGAUAAUGGUAUUGAAACAUCAAAGUGUCUGGAUCUAUUCUCAGAUGUAAUUGAAAAUUUAAGCAAUGAAAAAGUUGAAAUUGAAUAUAAUAACCAGGAUAUAAAAGCAAAACAUAAAAAUUCACAAAAUCUAAAUAUCUGUACAUUAGAAGGUUUUAAUAAUUAUCAUCAACAAAAUACAUUUCUUGAACAUAAUGCCAAAAUUAUGCAAUUACUUCCAUUGGUACACUCAAAUAGCUUGAUUUUACGUGAUAGUGAUUUAGCUCGUAACUGGGUAAUUAAGUCAAAUAAGAUUGUUAAUAAUCACGCUGAUGCAGAACAUAACCGAUUAAAUAUUCAUGAUGAUAUAGUUACAAUGCAAAACAAUUAUAAAACAGAUUACGUGACAAAUAAAUAUAAUACUGCAGUAUUAAGAGAAGCAUUAAAACAAAAAGAAACUGUACCCUGUAUAUCUACAAAUCAAAAACAUCAAAAAGGUCAUAUAGAAUUAGACGAAACACAUUCUGACUUACCGGAUAUUAGGAAAAUUUGUGGCAGUCACAAUAUUGCCAAAGAAAAACAACAACAACAAGAAACGGAUACAGAUAAAGUCAACAUCAAUAAUUUUUUCAAAGAAACUUCAAAUUCUGAAAUAAACAAACAUGACCAAGAUGGAACAUUAAAAGAACUUUUAGAUAAUAGACUAAGAAAGAAACAAGAACACAAAUAUAAAUUUUCAUCAGAAAAAGUUUAUAUACAAUCAAAAUUUAGUGCUGAUAAUUACAUUCAAAUAAUCAGGAAAUUAAAAAUUGAUUUAGACGUCACAGAAACUAUCAUAGAAAAUAAAAUAACGCCUGAAUCUAGUGCAACUUUUAAUACAGAUAAUUUUUCUAGAAAUACAGGUAAAAAUAAAUCAUCAAAACCUUUUGAGUAUAACGCUAAUACAAAGGCGAUUAUGCAUUUUGAACCCGAUACAAAUAACCUUAAACGAGAACAUGAUACGCGAACAAAAGAGACUGAAGUUGCUUUAGAAGAUGAUUCAAAAAUUAAAAAAAGCAAAGAUACUGAAUCAAGUGCAACUUUCAAUACAGAUCCGUUUUGUAGAAAUACAGGUAAAAAUCAAUGGCUUAAACCUAAUAAACAUAACGCUGAUACAAAGGCGAUUAUGCAUUUGCAAUCUGAUACAAAUAAUCUUAAACGAGAACGUGAUACGCGAACAAAAGAGGCUAAAGUUAUUUUGAUGGAUGAUUCAGAAAUUGAAAAAAGCAAAUAUAUAGCAUCGAAUCCAAGUCACAGAGUUAUUCAAUCAGACAAUCAUAAUAAUACAAACAGUACUAUAGACAACCUUUUAAAUAAAUACAUCAAAGUAUUCAGCAAUAACGAUAAAAAUAAGAAGACCACCAAUAUUCAAAGCUCGAACAUAUAUAACCAUAGGACACUACAACCAAUCAAAACAAAUAAACCAUUUAAAAUUACUGAAAUUCAGAAUCUAAACUUACAAUUAAGUGAGAUAUCCGAUCCUGCAAAAGCUACUAAUGAUUUCGACGCGUUCGCGAUAGAAGAUAUCAAUAAAAAUUUACUUAUAAGAAACCAAGAACUUCCCACAAGCUCGGAUGAUGCCGAGUUCUCACAAAGAACUCAAAUAGAAGAUCCCAUAGCAGCGAUCCAUGACCACGCAGCGUUCUCAUCACAUUUACCAUUAUAUGAAGAAGAAGAUUUAAUAGAAGAACACUUCGAUGUAGACCAAGCCAUGUUAAACCCUAAAACCUUACUCAUGCGUUACAAUAACGGAGAAUCUAACAAUGAAAUUAUUCCACCUCCUCCUGAAUUUUGUAACUCCGGAGGCGAUUAUUCUCCUGAAAUUGAUGACAAUUUAAUUAACAAUUUAAUUUCACCACCCCUACAUUCUCCAAAUUAUAAUAGUGUGUUUGAAGAUCAGCUUAAUUCUAAUGGCACAGAUUUAACAUGCCAAUAUUUUGAAACAUGGACUUUAAACACUGAUGACCCUUAUGAAAUUGAUAAUUUCAAUACUCAUCCUAUGCGAUCAUCUAUAAAUAGAAAUACAACAGAAAAUAAUAGAUAUCCGGUUCCCUCUCUUGGUGCAAGAUAUGGAAAAUUGAACCAAUUUAGAUUUCAUCGUAAAAAUAAACUUAAAGUAAAAAUGUAACGUGUAGUUUGUACCUAGGUAACUAGUAAGUUGAAAUAAAAUAUUACUGAAGUUUUUUAUUGUAUCUAUUUAUAGUUCCAACUUACUUAUUAUAAUAAAUGGAUUAUAAUUAUUAAAAUUCGAUGUUUAUGCAUAAAUAUUGAAGGGGCCCAAACGGGAAAUUUGGGAUUGACUCGAGCGCGGCCAAAUAAUAUCAUGGGCAACCUUGCGACUUGUGAGGUACUCCCACCAUACCUGAGCCUUUUAUAUACCUUUAUAUAACAAUAGGCCUUGACUAUUGGUCGCGUUUAAAUCGUUAGUCUUUUGAAUAGAAGCUACUAGAGGGUUCACGUAACGUGUCUGAUGUCUAAAAAAUAUUAAGUAUCUUUAUGACUUCUGGUAUUCUAUGACGAAAAUACAAUGCCUGGCAGUGUUGGGUGCACGUGAAUACUCAGAAACGUAAAUCACAGGUGCGACUUCUGUUGUGGUUCGUCAUUUACAUCUGUGGUUGUAGAGACCAUAAUGACGACGGAGAAGGCGGUCUGGUUGCACUUUCAACCCUUUGCCAACACCGAUGGCACAUACUCUGUGUUGUCAAAUACAACCUGUAAAAAAACUUUUUUAACUUAAUAAUAAUAAUAAUCAUUCAUUUCGGGCAAUAAAUAUUAUUAUAUUUUUGAGGAUACAUCAUAGCGCAAUAUCUCUUUAGUUCGUAAAUAUGUCGCUGGUAUCUUCCGUGAUAGAAUCCUCUACGAUUCUAUCACGGAAGUGAUAGAGAUGAGACGGAGUGAACAUGACACAGUUCCAUGAAACUUCCAUAGUAAACAAUAGUCCAAUCGAAAAGCACUUCAAUAAUCCGUAUUUCUAGCCGAUGUGUCAAAGUACAAGAGAUUGUCAGGGUCAAGUAGAAACUCUAAACGAAGAUGAAUCGUAGUCACACACGUAUUGCUUACGAACGAUUACCUGCGCUAGCGCGCAACCGCAACCCGACGAGUCGCCGCCUGUGUUUUAUUAUCUUCACCCUAUUUAAACAUAUUACAAUCUAUUAUCAGAAACCACUUAAAAAAUGAUAAAUUAAAAAAUCGAAAAACCCGACUGCUAAAAUAUUACUUCAAAUAAAAACUGAAAAUAAAAAAAACAAGUCCAGUAGGUAGUCUAUAAUACUGUUAAGUAAGGUACAAACCUACUUUAACAGUCGGGAUCCAUUAGAUAUUCAUGAAUAGAUAAAAUUUUUCAGUAAUGUUUAAUGAAUGUAAAUUUUAUAGUUAACUAUUACUGAUUCCAAAAGUUAUCUUUUGCUUAUCAUCAUCAAAUUCAUCAAUAUUAUAUAAUUAAAUUGUCAAUCAAUGUCAGGCGCAGCCUACUAACUGAAAGCUACUUCAUCACUAGCGCAUAAUAUGGUUUUGGUAAGAAAGACAUUACAUUUUUUUACAAUAGAUAUGAAAACAAUCGAAAAUGUAUUUAAAUAACUGAACUAUCUAUCCAAUUAAAAUUUAAUAAAUAUUAUAAGUGAA